ACGCAGAGCUCUGCGCGCACGCGCGGUCUGUCCACGUCCGCCAACAUGGCGCCCGUGGUGGAGCACGUUGUGGCUGACGCCGGCGCUUUCCUGAGGGACGCGCCACUGCAGGACAUCGGAAAAAACAUCUACACUCUGCGGGAGGUGGUCCGAGAGAUCCGGGACAGGGCCACGCGCAGGCGGCUGGCCGUGCUGCCCUACGAGCUGCGGUUCAAGGAGCCCUUCCCGGAGUACGUGCGCCUGGUGACUGAGUUUUCCAAGAAAACUGGAGACUAUCCCAGCCUCUCUGCCACAGAUAUCCAAGUGCUGGCUCUGACUUACCAAUUAGAAGCAGAAUUUGUUGGGGUGUCUCAUCUAAAACAAGAACCAGAAAAGGUUAAAGUGAGCUCUUCGAUUCAGCACCCUGAAACUCCUCUUCACAUUUCUGGUUUCCAUCUGCCUUCCAAGCCUAAACCCUCACAUGAAGCAGUGGAUCGUGGCCACCCAGCUGAUGGGCCUGAGAACCUGGAAUUCAGCUCCUUCAUGUUCUGGAGAAACCCUCUGCCUAACAUUGAUCAUGAACUGCAGGAGCUGCUGAUUGACAGAAGGGAAGAGGAGGAAGAGGAGGAGGAAGAGGAAUUUGAAGACAGUGAUGACGAUGGGGGUGGGUGGAUAACCCCCAGCAACAUCAAGCAGGUCCAGCAGGAGUUGGAGCAGUGUGACAUCCCUAAGGAUGUACGGGUUGGCUGUGUGACCACAGACUUCGCCAUGCAGAACGUUCUGCUUCAGAUGGGGCUGCACGUGCUGGCAGUGAACGGCAUGCUGAUCCGAGAGGCCCGGAGCUACAUCUUACGCUGUCAUGGCUGCUUCAAGACGACGUCGGACAUGAACCGAGUGUUCUGUGGGCAUUGUGGGAACAAGACCCUGAAGAAGGUGUCCGUGACUGUCAAUGACGAUGGUACCUUACACAUGCAUUUCUCCCAAAACCCCAAGGUGCUGAAUCCUCGAGGCCUCCGGUACUCGCUGCCCAUGCCCAAAGGGGGCAAAUACGCCAUCAACCCCCACCUGACCGAGGACCAGCGCUUCCCCCAGCUGCGACUCUCCCACAAGGCCAGGCAGAAGACCAACGUGUUCGACCCUGGCUACAUAGCUGGCGUGUCUCCCUUUGUGGAGAAUGACAUCUCCAGCCGCUCAGCCACCCUGCAGGUCCGGGACAGCACCUUGGGAGCUGGGCGGAGACGCUUAAAUCCCAAUGCUUCCAGAAAGAAGUUUGUGAAGAAAAGGUGACAUUGCAAGCCACGUAAGCAAAGCAGAUUGCAGCUGGCUGCUGAGGAGGCCUGGAGAAUCGACCCCAGUGUGUGGGCUGCCAACCAUCUACACAGAAGCAGUAGUCCUGGCUUCUCCGGACCACUUCAGACUUUGUGCUGUGUGGGGUGGCAGUGCAACAUGGCUGCCCUGCCUGUGAGCAUCCAGAGCCAAGACUCGGCCCUGGGAAGGGGAGCUUGAAGCAGAAAGAAGGGUGCCCUGGAGCAAACACUGAGCCUUAAGUUCAAAGGCAGAAAUGUCCAAAGGUAACCUUUUUCUAAUAAACCUGACUGCCAGCCCA